GCCCCCCACCAAUCCCCCAAGCAAUCCCACAGCUACGUCGCGCGCGCGCCGCCCGUUCCCAUCGCCUUCGCCUCCUCCGUCCGGCCAUGGACCGCCGCCUCCGCGCCACCCCGCGCGCCGCCGAGCGCGGCAGCCACCACCAGUUCCUCCGCCCCGGCGCGCUCGCGCGGCUCCGGGACUCCAGGAUCGUGGCCCGCUCGGUCCGGUCGUCGGCGUGCCUCCUGCUCCCGCGGUCCGCCCUUCCGUCCCCCGCGCCGCCGUCCGCCGUCUCCGCGGCGGAGCAGGCCGUUGCGCCGCGCUUCCUGGGGACCGGCGGCUCGGGGCGGUACCCGCUCCGGAGGAGGGUCGCCGCGGCCAGGGGCGUGGCGUUCUUGCCGCCGCCGUCGCCCUAGCCGGGCACGGAGGCGUCGUUGGGCGCGCUCGCGCCAUCGCCGGAUCCGCUGGGAUUAGUUCGGACUUCGGAACGUGUCCCUGGAGCUCUAGAUUUGUGUUUAGUUCAGUAGGAUCUGUGCAGAUGGUUCGCAGUUUCUAUGUUUACUUGAUAGUUUCGAUUUGAGGAGCAAUAAUUACCUUGGAUUUUUCUUGUUCCGAUACAAGUUUUGACAGUAGAGCCGAGUAAUCUUCACACCGCUUGCAAAGUUGCAAGCUGCAAUGCAGAUGCUAAUUGCUGUCCUGCACGAACAACUAAGUCCAACUAAAUUGUGACUUCCAUC